AUUUGUUGUUUCAAAGUUUUAGAGUACUUAAAUAUGUUGUUCCAGCUUAAGAAAGUUCUGGGGCAGAAAAUACCUAUCAAUCAAGUACUUCGAUGUUUUUAUUGUAAUAAAUUAUCUGCAAAAGUUCUUUUACCUUUACAAAAUAAAAGAUUGCUGAAGAUUACUGGUCCAGAAGUAUCUGUGUUUCUACAGGGGCUUAUCACAAAUGAUAUGGGUCAUUUCGAAAGUGUCAAAUCUAUGUAUGCGAUGUUUCUGAAUAAUAAAGGCAGAGUUCUUUACGAUACCUUAGUGCACAAAUGGGACGGCGAAGAUUCCUACCUAUUGGAAACUGAUAAAAAAACUGUGGACCAACUACAGAAACACUUAAAAAUAUACAAACUGAAAAGACAAGUUAAAAUAGAAGAUGUGAAUGAGGACUUAAAAUUAUGGGUAUUGUUGAGCCCCAGCCUUUCAACAGCAGAUUUGGAGAUCUCAUUAGAUAAGAAAUUUAAUAUAUACAAAGACCCCAGACUGGUUGAGCUGGGCUAUAGAGUAGUAGCAUCAAGUUCCCUAGCUGGUAAGGACAUAGCCACAGCUAUUGGAAAAGAUAUUGAGUUAAAUGAUAGCGAAGAAGUAUACAGACAUUUGAGGUAUAAAUUGGGUGUCAGUGAGGGUGCAGAUGACUUGCCUCCAGGAAUGAGUUUCCCUCUCGAAGCCAACUGUGACUACCUCCACGGAGUCAGUUUCCACAAGGGCUGCUACAUCGGCCAAGAGCUGACAGCUAGAGUGCACCACACAGGCGUUGUUAGAAAACGAAUAAUGCCUUUACGGUUUACCAAAAAAGGUGCUCAAAGUUUAGAACAGGACUUGGUGAUCACAGCUGGGGAAAAGAAGGCAAAUGUAGGGAAACUGAGGGGAAUCAGUGGUGAAUACGGAUUAGGACUGUUACGGAUAAAAGAGGCUUUAGACGCUAAAGUUCUGACAGUUGGAGACUAUGAAGCAGAAGUUGUAAAGCCCAGUUGGUGGCCACGGGAGGCUCCAAAAGAAAAAAUUGGUUCAUCCAAAGUUGAUGUGGCACAAGAAUGAGAAUAUUUUAUUUUUUUAUAUACCUAACCAAAAUGGGAGACUCAAAAGCCAAAGUAGAAGAUGCC